CAAGUAACAUUGCCUAUAUCCUCGUCAUUGUGAGUUCCUAUCCGAUAUCAAUUUCAAACAAAUAAUUAACACGAUCCUUAACAGUCAUCUAUGACCAUCCCAUUCGUCCUUUAUAUCUGCCUCACAACUGGACCUGUGUUCUCAAACUUUCUGUGGUACAACUUCCAAGCUGCCAUCGGAUUCGAUGUGAUCUUCCUCAUUCUAUGGUACGCUGUGGCGCUGGCGAAUUAUUCAUGCGGCAGUAUCUGCGACGCUUGUCCGAGUCGAGUGGAUACACGUAUCGUAUCCACACUCUGGCUUGCCAGUGUUCGAACGGAUAUGACGGAAGAACAGACCCUGACCUGGGCGAUGAUCCUGAUGUCGGCCAAAAUUUUGAUGACGCGCUCUCGGACGCAUAUGAUGCCAGUCAGACUGGUUGGGGAUUUGCUGGUGCACAGAUUAUCCUUUUUGCCAUCACGCUAGGUAGUAUAAUUUAUCUACAGCGAAAGCAUAGGGAAGGUGGAGACGCGCAUGUAGUUGGACAGAGUGUAGUAUCUGGUGCUGAGAUGGGAAUGGCAGUGCUUCCGUCAGAGACUGCGAACUAA